AUGGCGACGAACCUCAAUCACGCGUUCCUGCAGGCCGCGCUCUCGGUCCGUGGCGCCGCACCGACGCUCAGCCACAAGCAGCAGGUCACGCGCUUGUACAAGCGCUCGCUCAAGCUCCUCGACAGCUGGGCCAUCGACCGCCGCCUCUGGAACGACGAAGCGACCAAGAUCCGCGCCCAGUUUGACGCCAACAAGUUUGCGUCGGCGGCCGUGGCCGAGCGCCUGAUUCGCGACGCGCAGGCCAAGCUCGUCGAGUUCACGCACCCGGACCCGUACGUUGUCGUGCACAUGCCCGGCGGCUCCAAGUUCAUGCGCAACCCGCCGCUGCCGCUCGAGGUGUGCUUUCCCGAUGGCGUCAUCCCCGACGACGUCGAGGUCUCGCCGCUCAAGGCCAUUAAUAUUGACACGACGCCGUACCGCGAGGACGAGCUCAAGGAAACCGUCCUCGUCGACUUCCCGACCAAGUCGUCGUACUAG